AUGUGUCCUGGUGCACCUCCCGAAGGCGCUGAUUUGACGGAGAAGGAGAAGAAGGGGCUCGCGAGAGCGGAAUGGUUCUUGGGGAAGCAGCUGGAUGAGGGACAUAUGGGGUAUGCGAUUGAGAUGAGAACUCGGCCGCAGACCAUUGGGGUGGCUUUCAACGAUAACCCCGUCGGUAUCAUGAUGUUCUUCGGCGAAAAGUAUAACGAACUUGCCGACCCAAGCUUGGGCACAGCGACACUCGAUAACGAGCAGUGGUUGCAUGAUCUUUGCACGACACUUUCAUUGUAUUUCUUCACCCCACCGAGUGUUAUGACCAGCAUGCUGUCAUACUACAACAAUGUGCGCCACGAGAUGUACACCAAAUUUGACGCUAAAGACGAGAACCUAAUUCGUGUGCCCUUGGGCGUGAGCACAUUUCCUUACGAUGCUUUCCCAGCACCGAAAAGCGGGGUCGAGACUACUUGUACGGAUUUGAAGUUCUUUAGAGAUCAUGAUCGUGGUGGGCAUUUUGCUUGCAUGGAGUGUCCGGAUGAGAUGGUAAGGGACAUGAGGGACUUUUUCGGGGAAUGGUACAAGGCCUAG